AUGAGAAUGCAGCGCACUGGAGAAUUGACUCCAGAUCUGCAGAAUCCAUCAGAUCCGGAUAAAGCUCCUCUGUACUGCCAUUGGGAUACUCACUGUGAGGAUUUCCCACUAGCCUCGCAAACAGAACUUGAUCUCCAUCUCAAAAGCCAUCUUUCCGAGCACCUUGUUCCCAUUGAAAAUAGCUAUGGCGAAGGCAUUGCAUGCCACUGGGAUUCUUGUCACGAAACGUUCGUUACAGUUGACUCCAUGAUGUCCCAUUGGCAGAAUUAUCAUUUCCAAGACUCCUUCCAUCCCCAUUAUGCAGAGAGUGGCUGUCCUGAGUACGAUCUUGGACAGGAGCAUUCUCUGCUGUCAACCAAUGACGACAACUCGGCUGUACUAACGCACAGUGAUACCUGCGGACAUAUCCAUAAACACCAAGGAAACGGCCAUGGAUAUGUUAGAGUGCAUAACCAUGGCGAAGUGAUAACCUCAGUGCCCAACCUCAGCAACCUGCCUGAUUUGACGCAUUCUCCCCGGACCUCCUCAGUGAGCUCCCCUCUAACCCACGGCGAGAACAUUCAAUGUAAAUGGGUUGUCUCUGGAGUUCCCUGCAACCAUGUGUUUGGUUCAACUGCUGAGCUGAAAGAACACAUCGAAAGUACCCAUGUGGCUUCUCGCCUGAGUGAGUACUAUUGUGGCUGGGAGGGGUGCGAGCGCUGCGAACGGCCGUUUCCACAACGGCAAAAACUGAUAAGACACUUGCAAGUGCAUACCAAGCAUCGUGAGUACAAGUGUUAUAUAUGCGACAGACUCUUCGCGGAAGAAUGUGUGUUAAAGCAGCACCUGCGCACGCACUCUGGUGAAAAGCCAUUCAAAUGUGAGGUCUGUGAUAAAAGAUUCUCGUCACACUCCUCUCUUACCGUGCACAAGCGUGUACACACGGGGGAGAAGCCGCUUGUUUGCAAGGUUCCGUGGUGCGGCAAACGGUUCUCGGAGUCUAGCAACCUGGCAAAGCACAUGAAAACACACGUAGAGCCUGCGUUCCAGUGCGAAGUUUGUGGACGCAAAUUCGCCCGUCGAGACCAAAUGGUUCGUCACAAGCGGGUUCAUAGAGUGCUUGAACAGGCACCGGCCAGUAAAGUGGAAAUUGCCCUAGGCGGCGAUGCCACUGGGCACCAAUAUGUGUCUUGA